CUUCUUAAAAUGCUGUUCAUUUAAACAUACAUUUUGUUGUUCAUCAGCAGCGAAAUGUUACCAGUUUAUACCACUGAACGUCUACUGCUGCAAUUCGGGUUCAGUUCGAUGUUCAGGGGUACUCACAGCUUACUUGCGUUACUGAAUAAUAUUGCUUUGUCGUUUAUUGGAAUUACCAGUUAACAUGUUUGUAGUGUAGCGGACUUUCAACUCACCACUAGUUAGUGGUUCAACGCGAGCCCUAACGGGUGCGCGCGUACUCGCGUGCGCUGACGUUUGCUUUCCGCUGUCUGCGCUCAGAGGCGGAGACGGACAGCAGGGAAGAUGGCGUCGGCAGGUUCCGGGCGUACGUCUGCCCGGAGAAGAUGACGACGGAGGUCUUCUUAACUCUGUAUAACGCCAACUUCUGUUCUGUGUUCGCUUAAAACUAUCACCCCCGGGAGACCGUGUUCCGCUACCGCGUGUGGAGACGACAGGCACCCGGGUAGUCACUGGGUUUAUUCGGCGACCCAUGGAGGACAUCAAUUCCAACAUAAACGCGGACCUGGAGGUGCGGAAGCUACAGGACCUGGUGAAGAAGCUCGAACAGCAAAAUGAGCAGCUGCGGAGCCGCUCCUCCUUACUGGGCUCUGGGGGGAUAUCUAGUAAUGCCAGACCCGUGAGCGCCGGAUACGAGUCGCCCUUGUCGGCCGGAGCGGCUGCGGGUUUGGCCGGCUUCCCCGGGGUGGGGUUCGGGGGUACGAGGGGCUACGGCGGGGUUUUGGAGAACUCACGGUGCCUGAGCUCCCGGCUGUCGUACGACGGCUCGGGAUACGGGAGGACUUACGAGGGCGAGGGACCUUCCGCUUCCAGCUCAGCCACCUCCCUGCCGGCGUAUUUCUCGGACGCUGCGGAUUAUCUGGAGGACAGCAGAAGCAGUGUUUUGGACGAGGUGGAGAUCCUAGACCUGGAGGACAUGGACUGUCUAAACGAGGACGAGGACAGCUGGCUCUAUGAGGCCAAGCUGAACAGUCCCCUACAGAAAGCCGUUAGCCCUGUAGUCUGGUGCCGCCAGGCUCUGGACAACCCAAGCCCUGAGAUGGAGUCUGCAAAGCGGUCUCUGAUCCACCGGCUGGAUCUCACCAUGUCAGCCAACAAGCGGAGGAGCUUGUAUGGAAGCCCUUACCACUCAGCAGUCAGCUACAGUAGCCCCUACAGCCCCAAUGCUGGCAACAGUCCCUACAGCAGCGGCUUCAACUCCCCAUCAUCUACGCCUGCCAGGGUGCCCAUUGUCAAGCAGCUGGUGCUCCCAGGCAGUGCAGGACACCAGCGUGGCGGUAGUGCCGAUAGGAAUCCCACACUCGUGAGCCCCCAGUCCUCGGUGGACAGCGAGCUCAGCACCUCCGAGAUGGACGAGGACUCCGUGGGCUCUUCUACCACAUACAAGCUCAAUGAUGUCACUGAUGUGCAGAUCUUGGCCCGUAUGCAGGAGGAGAGUCUGAGGCAGGAGUACGCAGCCACAGCAUCCCGGCGCAGUUCCGGCUCCUCCUGCCAUUCCCUGCGACGAGGCACUUUCAGCGACCAAGAGCUGGAUGCCCACAGCCUGGAGGACGAGGAAGAGGCCAUGCACCCUGCCUUCCACCCGCCAAUCAACCGCUUUAGCCCCUCCCCUCGGCACUCACCCCGACCCUCGCCCCGCCCCUCCCCAAGGAACUCACCCCGAUCCCGCUCGCCUGCACGCUCCCUGGAGUACAGCCGUGGCUCCCCGCAGCCAAUCAUCAGCCGGCUGCAGCAGCCCCGCCUUUCCCUGCAAGGCCACGCCCCUGACCUGCAAACCAAUGUGAUAAAGAAUGAAGAGAAACUCCGGCGCAGUCUUCCAAACCUCUCCCGGCCACCAGUGGUGCCGGUGGCCGAGCCGGUUAAGAACAGCCGGAGCUGCGAGUCCAACCUACAAGUGCCAAACGGAGGAUCCCCAAGGCACCAGUCGCAGCCCUCCACGCCGCACCAAAGGUACUCAAACGCGAGCCGUACCUCCCCGAAAGCCAAACAGCUCCUACAGAGCCCAACGUCAUUAAGAGUAAAAGUGUCCUGUUGUUUUGGUGAAGACAGAGAUUUCAUUCCCUCACCCAGCAAGCUCCGCACCCCGUCCACGCCCUCCCCAUUGGCUCUGCGGCAACCUGUCAAGGCUACACCCGCUCCAGGUCACAUUCCGUCUGGCCUGCCUGCAUCUGCCAGCGGCAGCACCACACCUACCCGCUCCCUGGGCCCCGCCCGCAGCGCUCUGCCACGGCCCAGUGCCUCUGCUGGGGGGGGCAUCCCGAUGCCUCGCAGCCGACUGGCACAGCCUGUGCGCAGGUAACCGUGGUUAUCAGAGGAAGAACAAUGAUUUCAAGCUCCACCCUCCCUUUAAAGCUUCCGGUCUGCUAUUCUAACUCAGUCAGCAUGACAGACUGAUCUCCAGCCUUGUCUUCAUCAACAGUCUCACCUGUGUUAACGAGAGAAUCACUGCAAUGAUGUCAGCAGGACCUUUUGUUGCAGGGCUGAAAUACAAUGGAAAUGGGAUUUUUGGGAUUAGGUUCAUAUUCAUGGCAAAGAGGGACUUUGCAAUUAAUUGCAAUUCAUCUGACCACUCUUCAUAACAUUCUGGAGUAUAAGCAAAUUGCCAUCAUAAAAACUGAAGCCACAGACUUUUAAUAUUUGUGUCAUUCUCAAAACUUUUGGCCACGACUAUAUUUACUUUUUGAUAUGCACGUGCACCCACCCAGCAUUCUCCUGCCCCCAGGUCACUACCUGCUCCCCGGACCUUCGGCGGAAUGAAGGAUGACAGCUGGAAGGAGGGCUGCUACUAGCUGCUAUGGAGCCGAUUUGGUCUACUGGUCAAAAGUCACAGUGUGGCACUUUAUUGGUGGAAGAGCAGUAAACGGAAGCAUCGAAACUCACACGGACACUGCGCAAUCAGAACCCCCCCACCCCCCUUACCCUUGGUCCCACAGAAAGCCAAAGAACCCACAACUCAAAUCAUGUGACGUGCCCAUCUCAGCCAAGUUAUGGCAUGUGUGAUGUGUGUGGUGGGGUGAAGGUGAUGACAAAGGAACCAUUGGGCUGUUCACUGACACACUGCUGUCUGAGGGAGGAAUGUCCAGCCUGGGAGUCUGCUGGACAGCCUGCUUCUGGCUUCUGUGCUGCAAUUUACUGUGCUGAGGCUCUGUUCUGUAACUAUGCAGGGGCCCUCCUACACUGGAGCCUGUACAGGUGGCCUGCCUAAAGGGCCACUGAGGGGCAAGCUGAUUACCUCUGGCCCAGGAAUGCCCCCUGAACCCAUGUCAUGCCUACGAAGUGCCUAAGUUUCUCCGAAUCAUUUUUAUGGCUUGCACCCCCUCAACCCCCCAUUAACGAUCGUCUGCCAGUUAGAGGAAGGUAGCGUAGUGCCCCCCCCAGUGGCCAUAGUCUAGCUUGCCCCUCUGCUCCAUUAAAUAGGAAGCUUCUUCAUCCACUUCAGAGCAUCAGCCAGGAAAUGGUUCCCGUUUACUUUAACCAUUGAUUAUAUCACCCAUCUCAUGUUUUUGUUGUCUUUCCUGUUUCAUGUCGUAUUUUUACGAAGCAUUACUUCCUGCUUCUGUCCAUUACUAAUUUCUCUCUGAUCCCCUUCAUUUUUCACUCUCCUUUCAUCUCUCCAUCUAUCUGUUCCUCUCUCCAUGCCUUACUCCUCUUCUGCACAGUCCUCUCCUUUCUCCCUGCCUCUGCUUUGCCUGACUCCCCGCUUCACUGAGCUGGCAGAUGGAGGCUCCAGUCUUAACUAGCAGUUUGUCUGAUGUUGCUUUGGCAUCUGAACUUACCUCUGCAUGACUCCUGAAUAAUGAGAAAUUGCCAUCCAGGACUAAUUUUCAUGUUUGAUUUUUGUAAUUUAUUUAUUUGAAUUUAUUUAACAGAUUUUGAUUUGAAUAUAUACAUACAUGCUCAUUUUUUUUUAUUUAGAAACUUUAAAAAAUUACUUUUAAACAUUGAAAGCAAAGAUGCUCCCUUAAAGUGUGUUGCUGUGGUUGUGUUUUCAGGUAGGGAAUUUCAGUGAAAUAAUUUGACACUGUAGUUAAAUUGAAUGGUCACCCUGGUGUCAUAGUCCAUAUCAGCACUAGCUAACAGGAUUGCUCUCAGGUCAUCAUUUCCUCUUGGCUUUUGGGCUGUGACCCAUCCAACAAUUCAGCUGUGGACUAAAUCCCACCAUGACUCCUGCUUGAUGUAAAGUAAACGUUGACCACAGUUAUAACAGGCUACCAGACUGUGCUCUACGCCUCAGAUUUUUGAUUUGACUGAGGUAAAGCCAUAAUUGGUUCAGCUGACAUAUUGAAAAGCAAUUGGUUGUCAGGAUUGUCCAACCACCAGUACGGGGCAUGCACCCCCCACGACUGCCGAUUAGUCAAGGCUGAUCAGGACAUCCUCUUUCAUACUUGAUCUCGCCUUGGACAAUUAGACGGUCAGUCCAGAGACUUAAAGAACAGGGUGUCAGUGCUGUUGGUCCAUCCUGCAGACUAUUGAAUGGGUAGAUGCAGCUUUUCCUGGCUAGAAUCUCCGUAUCUCUCUCACACAAGCACACACCCCCUCCCCUAGUCCUGUAUGUCCCCUGAUGUCUGCAUGAAGUAUGAAGCUUUGGGCUGCAGUGUGAGUAACUCCAUGUCAUUUCAUGUCACAAGCCAACAAAGAGUUCUGUAUCAUGGUCCAUAGACAGUGGGCUUAGAUUUGAUGUGGGUGCAGCAGGUGGGUCCAGUAAAGUGUGGAGGUGUGGCUUAGCAAUUUAUAAAAUAAUUAGUGCCUAUGAUUUAAUCCAAUGACAAAGGCUUUUUUGAAUGUGCUUUUUGUUGGUGCCAACCACUUUUAUUUGCCAAUAUAUUUAUGUACGGUCUGCUGACCUCAGUACUGCUUGAAGUUUCUACAUUUCUCAGCAAAUAGUCUUUUCUGGUUUCUUUUUAAAAUUGCAUUAAAGGGCACCUACAAUUACUGGAUAAACACUGGGAUUGGACAUACUCUAUGCUUGUCAGUGGCCUCUCCAAACAGUCAUGUGCCCUGGGUUUACGGCUGCAUGUUCACUGUUUUCGGGCAUCAAAGAGAAUGUCAGUUACCAGUUACGCAUACAUGUUGAAUUGUUUUAUUUUACUAUUUAUCAGAAAACCACUGUAUUUGCCCUUUAAUGAUACCUAAAAAUACUCCUAAAAAGUAUGUAGAAUAUGCGCCUUGGUAUUUAAAAGUGAAUAAUCUGUAAGAAAGACUAUUUAUUGAUGAGACGGCACCCAUCAUCAGUCAGCCUUUAACUCAGCUGGUUGUCAGGGCGGUUGUUGCUAUGGCAGUUGAUGCUAGGGGACAAACAUUGCCAUUUUGUGUGAUUGUUUGUUUACAGACUUUUAUAUCGUCACAGACAUUGUUUCCCCAUGUAAAAUCACAAAAUAAAAAUUCAGCUGCAACUGCC